CUGUGUUAUUUGUCUCAACAACUCGUCGUUGUGCUACUAACUAGUACAACUACUUCUAGUUCUAGUCAACCCAAGAAAGAUAUCAAAGAUGGACCAACAUCAACAAGAUCAGCCUCCUGCGAGGCUGCCUAAAAUGGAGGACUUUGACGUAGUGAGGCCUUUGGCUUCUGGGAGUUUUGGGCAAAUAUUCCUCGUCCGAAAUGCAGAGCGGCAAUUGUCAGUUCUCAAGAAAAUCAGUGUGGCGACACUGGAUGAGAAGUUAUGGCGAAGAUGCUUGUAGGGAUAGCUUCUAGGUCACUCUGUGGAGUGAACGCAGAUCAUUAUAAGCUUAGCUGAGGCCCCCUCGCCACCGAUCUAGCGUAUCACGUGUUCGAUUCGCAGGGUGUAGAGUUUAGGGUUUUUUAGUGUAAAUCAGACAGAGUCCGUCAUUGUUGCUAUUUAUCCGCUGUAAACUUCCUCUAAGUGCCGAACGGCAAUCCGUGGAACAGGAAGUUGCGCUACUAGCCGCCGUCCGACAUCCAAACAUCGUUGCCUAUAAGGACAAUUUUGUGGACCAGAAUCACUUGUGCAUCUUGAUGGAGUACUGCGAUUCGGGAGACUUGUACACGUAUUUACAAAAGCGGAAAAAUCAACCCAUGCAGACUGCGGCAGAGGAGGUGACGAUCUUAGAAUUAAGGCUAGGUUAAAGGUGUUCUUGUUAUACCGUUCGUUUUGCCACCUCUCCUAAGAGGGAAAGGCAGAACGAACGGGGUAAACGAACACCAAAUAAUACCUACCUCUAAUAUAAUGGUUGAUCCAGAUCGUGACCGCGGUUCAAUUUCUGCACGCUAGGAGCAUAUUGCAUCGAGAUUUGAAGAGCCAGAACAUUUUCCUGCAUACAGGUGUAUGAAAGUGGAGACCAUCGACUAGGACUACAACACGGAUGUAUGGCUCUAGUAUUUGGUAACCUGAAUUCGAUCACAAGGAUUCCCUUCCUGUUUUCCUCAUGAUCAAAGUCAGGCUAUACCAAAUACCAGCACCAUGCAAACCCGGACUAAUAAGCAUUGACAUCAUGCUACUGCUACUAGGCUCCGCCUGAGUAAGUUGAUUAUUCAAUCAAGCAAUAACAUACACAGGAUACAACUAGCUGUACUUCGGACCAACAUCCACAGAGACCCCCUUUGUUCAUCCUACCCGGGUCCACCAGCCCAAUCGUCUAGCACUUCUAGUGCACAUAAUUCCAGAGCAGACCACGGAACUUCCGCAAGCACCAGGCUGAUCAAGUUGGGCGAUUUUGGCAUUGCGAAAGUGCUAGACAGUACAGUAGACCUGGCCAAGACUCAGAUUGGCACGCCCUUCUACAUGUCUCCAGAGGUAUUCAAAAACGCGUCUUACAGCUAUAAGAGCGACAUCUGGGGCAUCGGCUGCGUGCUGUACGAACUGGUGAGUGGGAAGUUACGGCUGAAUCUGACUUUUGAAGAAGGAAGGUGUAUAACUUCUGAGGCCGUUCUUUGAAAAGAUGAAGACUCAUUUUAUUCUCCCUCUGUGGAGAGGCGACUUGUUCUACCUUGCGCACCACAACUGCCGCAAAUACAAGUUGCGAUUAGGUCUAAUCAAGCAUGCCUUCGGCGCCCAAUCGUUAAAUGGACUAGCGGUGAAGGUGCUCCGAGGCAGGUACUAGAAUUCCUCUGGGAACAAGACUAUAGUUUUUCUCUGUCAUCUUUCAUAACGCGUGGUCAAACCACACAGCAGGAACAACAGAUAGUACACAACAGAUACUGUCUCUCGCGGCCUUCCUUGAAAGAAAUGUCAAAUGCAGUCUAAAGUAGAGUCUUUGUCUUUCAUCUCUCAACACACAGGUACACACCUCUCCCGCCUUCCUUGAAAUGCAGUAAAGAGGUGCAGAGUUUGAUAAAGUCGCUGUUAUCUGUGAAUCCCCAGCAUCGUCCAAGUAUAUCGGAGAUGCUACAUCUACCUAUCCUCCGGAAACGGAUUCGAGGAACUAUCAAUUAUGUAGCACCUGUUUUUGGUUUUGGUGAUGGUGAAGAUCUUCUUUUUUGAUUUUUGAUAAUAGAUGCUUAUGCGUUGUUGACUGUUCGGUGUUACAAUAGUAAAAGAAGCACCAGACUUUUAUCAAAAUCAAAUUGAAACAAAUGGAAGUUCUUGUACUAACUCUACUAACUUGCACAAGUAACCGCAGCCGCAUCUUCUGCUCAAGAAAAAGCACAAUGCCACGCUAUCUAUAGCGACCAGCUCUGCGCACUCGGAUUAGGCAUCCUAGUGGAUAGGCCUAAGAACGAGAACAUGUCGAAGGCUGUCAAGGAAAAUAUCGAAAAGGACGCCUCCAACAUCCGGGCCAAACUAGAAUUACUUCGGGAAGAGCGAGCCAGGCAAGAAGCGACUCUGAAACAACUAGAGGAGACCAUGAAACUGCAAUCAACUGCUGGGUUCUUGGGAGGAAGACCACUUUUAUGUUGGGAAUUAAAGGUCUGGUGGAUAUUGAGAUGCUGAUGAAUCUUCUGAAUGUGAAUGGUUCCGGUAUAAUUUGGUAUAGCCUGAUGAAUUUGAUCAUAAGGGAAAACAAGAAGAGAACCCUUAGGAUCAAACUCAGGCUAUACCAAAUACCAGAACCAUACAGAAUGAACUUGUCCUCGCUCCUGUGUAGGUCGUAUUAACUUGUGUGUAAAUUUUUGGACCACGAAGAAGAACAAGAGGACCUUAUAACUUGUCCCGACGGAAGCGAGGACGAGGUGCUUUCCUCCGAUGAGGAGCUGGAAGAUGAGGUGGAUUCUGAAGAAGAGGAACUUGAGCUUUUGGCGCCUGCGGCAUUGGCCCCGCCACAGUUUCGCACUGACCGCGAACGAGUGCUGUGGGAACGGCAGUUAGGCAAAGAAAAUGCUAGAUUGCGCUACGAAUCGGAAGCUCGCUACAUUCAGGCAGCCAAUGCCUACGAGGCGGAACAGGCUAAAUUACGAGCAGCAAGCGACAAGUGGGGACACAGUGUGCCAGCGUCAACAACUACGCUGGACGAGAUGACCUACAACAACCACUUGGACGGCGUUGUGCCUCCGGGAGUCGUCUACCCAGGUGGAGCGGCGCAGCAUCAUCAUCAGAUGCCUCCGUACGAGGAGAAUAAUCAACUGAGUCAACACGGCUAUGGAGUAGAGAAUCCACCAGCGCAACCUCAACAUCAAGCAGCACAACCUCAACAAGAGAUACAAGAAGCACUACAAGAACCGAAUCACCAUUACAGUCGCGAUCACAAAACAAUGCAACAAAGUCCGCAGCGUGGCAUGCAAGGCAGCCCACAACGAGCUCUAGGUGCACAACCAAAUAGCGGACCCUCCGACCAGCAACCGCAACAACUUGCGCCGUUACCUCUGGUACUACUCACGACUGACUAGAUCAUCUUAAAUGAAGUAGAUUUUUGUGACUUCAAUCAUCACACUUGAUGAGGGUAGUUUUAGUGUUAACCUUAUGCUGAUUCUGAAAAUGUAAUAAUAAAGUCGUAAUGAUCCAUGAUGUCGAUGCUCAGGUCCGAAACAAGCCAACAAGUGAGGAGCAGGCUUUGGUUGGAGAGUUUGCCCAUAUCUCGGACGAAAAUUUGCGCAACCCGUUUGGUUCUUGUCGACCCCGCGUGUUGAAUUCCCCACCAGCCACGACGAGCCUUGUCGGACCGCUAGGCCUUCCCGGUGCGCCACUUUCGCCACCUUUGUCACCACAAUUGUCGCCGAACAAUCAAAUGCAAGAAAUGCUAAUGCAACAACAGUCUCCGGUGAUCGGUGCUGUGGGUGCGGCUCAGAAUCAGAUGCUUGUCAAUAAUAGAAGUGGAGGUGGACAAGAAGAGCUGCAGGAUCCUUCCGAUGAAGGGACUUAUGCUUAUCCGAAUCUUCAAGUAGACCAAAGUCUUCCUCCGAAUGGCUUACUAGAUGACACGACACGAACCGCACGUCUAGCUCUAGACGGCACAACCAGAAGCAACGCAACAACGGGCAAGCAAAGUCGAGCGGCGACGGCUAGAAGACGGAGACAGGAGAUCAAUUCCAUCCAUUCCCAGAUUGAAGCGUGCAUGAGUGCGAUAAAUAAGAGUCAGAUGACCAUAGACACGCUACAGUUUCGGUUGCAAGAUAUGCAGCCGGCAGCUAAUAGUGGUGGUAGUAGUACAACCACUGGUCAAGGACAAGCAGGUCCACCAUCUGGAGGUGCACCUCCAAGUGGGGGCACCAGUGGAUCUGCGGGCGCAGGAGCAGGUGGAAAUCAUCACGCUCGAGUUGGACCCCAAGCUCUAGUUGUACCUUCUAGUACAACACCAGGAGCACCUGCUCCAGGGGCACCAUCUUCUGUAGCCAGUUCCUCAUGUCCCUCUAGCAAUUCGACGCUAUCCUCUAGCAUGACGAAGAGUAGUGCAGCACCAGUAUUACCUCCUGCAGGACCUCCAGCACCGGGACAAGGACCUCCAGUUCCAGCAAGUUAUUCCACGCGUCCGCCACAGCUUGGUGGAGCGCCAGGUUCUUCAGUUAAGGCUACGAUAAAUGCAUCUUCCCCACCAGGAGCAUCCAGGUGUGUAGUUCUACUGUAGUAGGGGUGUGUAGUUCUGCUGUAGUAGGGGUCCGCAACAAGUCAAAAACUUCACCGUAGAGAGUCCUGUGUUUGUCCUCAUUGAGAACUUCUCUUACGUGGAAGAACUGGAGUACGGAUUUUACUUCAGUAAAAAGAAACGGCCAUCAGGAUGCUCGUAUUGCAGAAGAUGCAUUCAAAAUUGAUGUAGCUCCAACUUAGGAGGCAAGAACAUGGCACCGUCAACAUCUUUGAAUAGCAAUGCUUCCUCCGGAACAGGAAGUAAAAUCCGUACUCCAGUUGUCGUGUCACCCAGUGUCCGCCACGUUUCGCACGGCGGAUACCAUAGCAACAUGCGCAAAGAUCUAAAGUUAAGAGUAUUGGCAGUUGUUGACCUAGUUGUAUCUAAGCAGGGCUUGACCUAGUUGUCUCUAAGCAGGGCAUAUCUUGCCCUACGACCUUUUCCUCAUAGGAAAGUCAUAGACCACAUGCGAGCUAGAUCGAUCAAGGUCAAACUGCUGCAGCCGCUAAUUAAAGGCAUCGCUAACGCCAGAACUGAACUGGUGCGUACGUGUCAGAGAGACUUGGGGGAACACAGAUUCGAUGAAUUGUUUCAAGCUUUUCAGAAAGGUAGCUUUCUCGCCAAAGCCAAUGCUAAAGAUAGACGCUUUGCAUCCUUGUUCGAGCGAAUCCGUCAUCUGGAUGCACAGGCUACUCAACUGGGAGGAGGGGAUGUGUAAGUAGUUCUACUGGUGUAGUAGGGGUGUGUACUAGUUCUUCGAUAUGGGUGUUCGUUGUGUAGUUCGAUAGUUUUUUGUCAAGUCUACUGACUCUGACUUGCAAGUGAAGAAGUAAAAAGUAGCUGUGCAAAAAGUCGCACAUAUGCACAUAGCAAACGUUUGUAUAGAUCAUUACGUGUUUUUUUCUUAAAGUUAGUUUAGCCGCCCUUUUAGUUUUAAUCUCUCUGUGUGCUCCAUUCUCCCUCAGGAGUAGCGCCAGGUGUAUAGAUCCGCCCUCGAUAGACUGUGUUAAAAAUUAAAAUUGUUUGAUACAUACGGCGCAAAAAAGUUUUUCUUCUUGACUUCCUUCUUACGCGAAGAUCAACCUCGAAUCUUGGUCUCACACUUGGUCUUAAGUCUACAAAGCUGCGUUGUCACAGCAUGAACAACAUGAUGAUAUGGAACAAUAAAUUAGUCUUUCGCACUGAUGCCCCUUAUCUUGUGGCAUUGAAAGACAUAUCCCAACCUAUCUGAAGCUGAACUUGCAGAUAUGGAAAGAGAGUGACAACAUGAAGCAAUGAAGAGUUCUUGGCACAAGAAAAAUCAAUUUUUUUGAUCUUGAAAAUACGGUUUUUAAAGCUAUAAUCUGGA